AUGCCACAAUUAAACCCCGCCCCAUGAUUUGCAAUCCUUGUAUUCUCGUGAUUAAUUUUCCUAACAGUAAUUCCAAAUAAAGUUCUAAACCACACAUUUAUAAAUGAAGUCACAGCACUAAGCGCCGAAAAACUUAAAUCAGACACCUGAAACUGACCAUGGCACUAA